AUCAUUCACCAUGUCUUUCCUCGCUCGACGAAUCACCUCCCGGUCCCGCCUUUCAACACAGUCUCUUCGCCUGUACACCACAUCCCCGUCAACCCCUCUGGCGGCUCCGUCUCCAAACUACACACAAGGGGAGCGCACCAUUCACGAGAAGCUCGCCAACCAGCUGCAGGCAACCAAACUCCUUGUUUCCGACGUAUCUGGUGGAUGCGGGUCCAUGUACUCUAUUCAAAUUGCUUCCCCUCUUUUCAAAGGACAGAGUCUGGUCAAGCAGCAUAGAAUGGUGACGGAGUUGUUGAGCGAAGAUAUCAAAGGGAUGCAUGGAAUACAAAUCAAAACUGAAGCUGUUUGAAGGCGCUUUGUAGGAGGACGUAAAUAGACGAAUGAUACCAGUACAGUCAACCUUCUUUUCCAUUCGCACGUAUGAUCCACUCAUAGCUAGUUUGAGCUAAAUUUACAACCAUCCGGCAACUGGGACUGUGCUAAACCUGACCAUCGUAUGAUCAUACCAUUUGGAAUAGACUCUGAAGUUGCCAGUUGGGCAUAGCCGCUGAA